ACCAUAUGCGUUUUUUGUAUGCACAUGCACAUUUUCACAGGCAAAAGAACCACCCACCCUACUCCACCCACUUCCUCCCACUCCACAGCCACUUCCUCCUUCAAGAAGUAUCAGGAAGAGAACAGUGACGUCUAGGACACUGCAGCCAUCUUUCUCCACCUUGUGAGGUUUUUAUCUGUUUUAUCCACAUGGCAAGUUCAAGUGAUGAAAGCGCACACUCUACACAUGUCAUGGAUAAUCCAAGUCCGGAAUUUCCUGACAUAAUUUUAACAGAGCCUGGACCUGUGAGUCCUUCUAUGUCCUUGGGAGAUGAAACCCAAAUACUAUUUUCACAGGACUUGACCCAAACACUGACUAUUGAGCCACCUCCAUCUCAACAGUCUACACAGAGAAAGAGGCCAAACAAAGACCCUAUCCCUGCCAAGGUGGCCAGCAAGAAAAAAACAAAAGAAAGAAAUGACAAUUUUCCUAUUGACCCUACGGACUUUGCCACAGAGGAUGUAAUCCAGUAUGUCCAAGAGAGGCCUUCUCUGUGGGACAAAUCCCACAGGAAACACCAUGACAACACCUGUACAAGAAGAAAGUGGGAGGAAAUUUAUGUAAAAUUAUUUCCAGAUUUUGCUUCCUAUUCAGAAAAAUUGCAGGAUACCAUUGCAGAACUGGUCGAGAAGAGAUGGCGUUCUGUCCGGGACAGCUUCUUUAAAUGGGUCAGAGAAUCAAAUCUACCUAGUGGAUCGGGAGCAAAAAAGACCACCUACAAACAUGCCAAGAGAUUGUCUUUUUUGACAAAGGUCCAGGAAUUGAGGGCAACAUCUACAAAUACGGGUUGCUUGCCUACCCCUGCUGAACCAACAGCUCAACCUGAGGCCAUUCUGGAUGAAGAGAACCCUCAACCUGCGCAGGGUGGAUCUCAACAUCAACCACCUACAGUCACCAGUAGUCUUCGCUCCUCCAUCCGCCAUUCAUCCAAAAAAGGAAGGGACAAUCAAAUGUCCCAAUGCAUGCUGGAUGGCAUUGAUAAAUUGGAGAACAUUUGCACAUCCAAAUUUUUACAUUUGGAUGUGCGUGUUCUUCGAUUAGAAGGCAUGAUUGGAGGCCCCCCCCCAAGCCCCUCAAGGGAUUUCUUAAUGACCCUAAUACCCUAUAUGGAGAGGAUGAGUGAGGAGCAGCAGGCUGUUUAUAAACAGCAGCUUAUCAAAUUUACACAUGAAUUCCUUAACCCCCCACCCACCCAAGCACCUAUGUAUCCACCUGCAUCACCCUCCUUUCCACAGCAACCCAGAAGUCGGCCAUAUAGCUCAUAUGUCCGACCUUACAAUGAAACCUUUGAGACAGAGGAAGGGCAAACAUACCGUAGAAUUUAAGGGUUUCACUCCAAAAAGUUUCUUUUGUUUCAUUUUUAUGCCCUAUACUACAUCUUUCAGUCCGCAACUUACUAUCCACCCCUUGAGUGUGCUUGCUGCAGGUUUGUUAUUUGCGAACAUGUAGACAGAACAUAUUAACGUCAUUGUGCUACAUUCAGGUCACAUUACGGUCUGCCACCUCAAUGCAAGAAUUCCUUGAGGGUGUGUGUGAACUUUGACCCUUACAUACCUUUGCCUUGAGGUGGCCGAAUGUAACGUGACGCGAAUGUGGAUCUGUGAUGUCAAUAUGGUCUGUCCCAGGUUCCAAUAAAUUAAACCAGAAGCAACCAUACUCAGGGGGCCGAUUUUAGGAUGGAUCGUGCCGUGCCGACUGAAAGAUCUAGUUGGUUAACAUUAUAGGGACACCCACAUUGGGAUUAUUUCUGAGUCCCAAAUCCUUAAUUUUCAAUUAUUCUUUGGAGAAUAAAUAUUGUUAUUUAACAUUUAUAUAUUUUUGGAAAUGUUGUAUUUGUUAAUUUAUGAAAA